AUGGCAAUAAAACUUAAUGUUAUUUUGGCAAGUUUUCUUCUUGUUAAUAUAACUUUUACAGCCAGUGCACAAACUCUAAUUCCAGAAAGUGAAGCUGAAGUUGAUACUUGGUUUCAAAGUGUUAUCAAACCAAUCAGUGAACUAAAAGGAACAUUGGAACCGAGUAUACUAGAAGCGGAAAAUGGCGGGGUAGAAACACUAGAUGUGAGACAAGAUGGAAGCGGAAAAUUUAAAACAAUAUCUGAUGCUGUAAAGCAUGUAAAAGUAGGAAACACAAAACGAGUAAUUAUUACUAUUGGUCCAGGAGAAUACAGGGAAAAAAUUCAACUUGAAAGAAUGCAAUCAUAUAUCACUUUUUACGGUACAGAUCCUAAAAACAGGCCAACUAUAACAUUUGCUGGUACCGCUGCUGAAUUUGGAGCUGUUGAUAGUGCAACAUUGAUUGUGGAGUCUGAUUACUUUGUUGCUGCAAAUUUAAUAAUUUCGAAUUCUGCUCCAAGACCUGAUGGCAAGAAGAAAGGAGCACAAGCUGCUGCGAUCAGAAUUUCUGGUGAUAGAGCUGCAUUUUAUAAUUGCAAAUUUACAGGAUUCCAAAACACCAUUUGUGACGAUCAAGGAAACCAUUUCUUCAAAGAUUGUUACGUUGAAGGAACUGCUGAUUUUAUUUUUGGUGAAGCGAAAUCUCUAUAUUUGAACACUGAACUACAUGUUAUACCGGGUGAUGGUGAGGCCAUAAUUGCUGCUCAUGCGAGGAAAGAUCUAGAUGAUGAAGGUGGAUACUCGUUUGUCCACUGCAAAGUAACUGGGACUGGUGGUAAUGCAAUUUUAGGUACAGCAUGGUUUCAAGCUGCUCGAGUCGUUUACUCUUAUUGUGCCAUUGGUGAUGUCAUUAGACCUGAGGGUUGGUCUGACAAUAAACAGCCAGAAUACCAAAAGACGACAUACUUUGGAGAGUACAAGAACACAGGUCCAGGUGCAGACAUAAAGAAAAGGGUGCCAUAUUUCAAGAAGCUGACUGAUAUUGAGGUUAAACCAUUCAUUAGUCUAGAAUUCAUUGAUGCAGCCAAAUGGCUAAUUCCACUUCCUAAGAUAUGA